UUAUAUCUUAGAAACAAAUAUGAAGACUUUUUGGCGAGGAGAGAGAGUGUCUGGCGAUUGAAAAAGACUUUUCCGGCGAUUGAAAGCCUGGAUAGUUCUUCUUCGAUCCUGGUUUUUUCAUUGUUACCUUCAUCCUCCUCUCCUUGUUAUCUGCAUUUCGAGAUGCUUUUCGACCAUCGUUUUUCUUCUUUUGGGGUUGUCUCAAACCCUAAUUUGACUUAACGAUGCGUAAAAACCGAUCCGUAUCAUCAGGCCUCACAUAGCACUCUCAUGAACCCCAUGAUUCCCCAUGCUCUCACACUUCGUCCCAGGGUUCAUCCUCCUCUCAUCAGGGUGAUAGGGAACAUUACACUUCUUCUCAGGCUAAUCAGGGAGAUAGAGUACAUUGUCCCUUUACCAAUUUUGAUGGCUAUCAGGGAGGAGUUACAGGAAGGGGGUAUGCUAAGAGUUCCCUAUAUCAGCACUUAAAGGAUCAGCACUUUCCUACUGAGCGUGACAAAGACAUUUGCAGAGAGCGUAUUCGAACUAUUAAAAGAUGUUUUGCCUCAUGGGAAAGGGUACUGAACGAUAUACAGAGAUGGCUGUGCAUUAAAUGCAUGCGUAUCCAUGCAUGGAAAAAGACUUGUAGGUCUCCGUCACACCCUACUGAUGUCAUCUCAGGUCCCUUCAAUGGUGCAGGUGCAGAUUUUCUCAUCUAUGGUGUUGAGAAACCACGAGCUGAAGUUGUCAUCGAUGUUGUGAACUCUCCUCCUGUGGUUGAUGAUGUUGGAGCCGGUCUUACGGUGGAUUUGCUUAAUCAGAUUCUACAGAAACAAAUCAAAACAACUGUAAGUAUUCCAUCGUCCAGCAUGCUUCACUUCACUCGCACCCUGAAGUCUUCUUUAGACUUUGUGCUUGCAAACCCGAAGAACCCUGCUGCCUGGAUACGUCUGAUUUUAUUGCCUGCUUGUACCUUAAGCCUGUAUGAGCCUAAAAGCUCGACGGAAGAACGCUCUGGCAACAGGAGGAAACUGUAGAUGGGUGUGAUUAACAAGGCAUUGCUGACUUGGAAAGAACCUUCUGGCUGCUGCGUUUUGGCGCAGCAGCUGUUGGAUAUACCUAAGCAGGCUUCAAGAAAACAACAGCCAGGGAAGAAAAAGAAGAAUUUGAAGUUGUUAGCUUGCAGAAAGAAGCUCAGUUACAACCAUUAUACCACCGCCAUCCGCAUUCUCUCCUCCAAUGGUGUGGAUCCACCGACUCCCGAUAUCCUUUUUGAGCUUCAGCAAAAACACCCUUAUGCCUAGCCUCCAACUAUACCAGCGGAAGACAUUCCAGCUCCUGCACUAUCUGUUACGGCUAAGGAUGUAUUGUUGGCCUUGUGGGAGGGAUGGGAUCAGGGCACAACAUUUGUUAGAUGCCAUGAGUGGUGUCGGUGCUGCUUUUGCCGAAGAGUUACUACUUUCCAUUACAGGCAUGGUAAAUUUGUGGCUUGCGGGAAAAUUCCCUUCCAUCCUUUGUGAUUUUGUGGAUAGUGCUCCCCUAACCCCGUUUCUUAAGCCCGGAGGUGUCCUGAGACCUAUCGCAGUAGGUACUAUUUGGCGGAGAUUAUGCUCAAAAUUAGCGGCUACCUCAGUUGGCAAAGCUAUGAACACGUAUUUUGGAUAGUACCAAUAUGGGGUCGGCACUCCUUGUGGUGGCGAGGCUAUUCUGCAUUCAGCAAACAGUUUGUUGGAGUUGCAAGGCGCUGAUAAUUCGAAAACUAUGCUGCUUAUAUAUUUUCUCCAAUGCUUUCAAUCUCGUCGACAUGUCUCGCAUCAUUAAAGAGGUAAGAACUCAUUGUCCGAAUAUUUAUCACUGGGUCGAGUUUUGUUAUGCAAAACCAGCCAGACUUUAUUAUUUGGAUUCAAUUCUCUCUUCGGCCAAAGGCGUUCAUCAAGGAGAUCCCCUUGGUCCCCUACUCUUUGCCUUAGCGCUUCACCCUCUUGUGGAUAAAAUUACAGCUCAGUGCGAGUUAGAUCUUCAUGCUUGGUACCUGGAUGAUGGUACCAUCGUAGGAGAUACUAUGGAGGUUUCUAAAGCAUUUAAGAUCAUACAGGAGGAAGGGCCUAGCUAUGGUUUACACCUGAAUGUUUUGAAGACGGAGAUUUUCUGGCCAUCUCAUGAUCCAAGAAGAGAUAACGAUGGUGUUUUCCCUUCAAACAUUGGCAAGCCAACGGAUGGAGUCAAACUUCUAGGCGGGCCUGUCAGUUUGAAUAUGGAGUUUUGCAGUAAUAUGGUGUUGUCGAGGGUGGAUAAAGCCGUGCAUCUUAUGGAUAAAAUUCAGGAGCUGGAAGACCCCCAAAGUGAGUUACUUCUUUUACGUAAUUGCACUGGGGUUUCUAGGCUCUACUUUACCCUUCGCACAACAAGCCCUAAAGAUAUUCAACCUGCGGUAGUUCGUUUCGAUGAGCAUCUGCUGAGUUACUUGCGUCGUUUAGUAGUGGGUGAUAGUGCUGGUUUUGGCAUGGUUCAGCAGAGGCUAGCCACUCUUCCCAUUAAAGACGGCGGUUUUGGUGUGCUCACAAUGGCGGAUACAGCAUGCUUUACAGUUUUUCACACAAGCUUGUGAUCUUUCCUUACCGGAUUUCAACAUUAAUAAUACUGCCCCUAUUACAUGAAGUCUUUGGCAGUUAUUUAUUUUGAUGUUGUCAAAAAAAAGAUUCCUACAAGCUUAUCUUUAUCGGAGCGUGAAUAUACGUUGUGGCAAUGCAACCGCACAAAACAUGCUUUGGACUUCCUUAAAGCGAUCCCUAUACCUGGGCUUAAUCAAGCAGUUGGACCUAGGCAGUUCAGCUCUGUUUUACAGUAUCGCCUUGGUAUACCGUUUUUCGAGGAGGGAAGCUUAUGCUCUUGCUGUCAACGAACCAUGAAUAUCUACGGUGAUCAUGCCAUUCAUUGCGCUAACGAGGUUGGGCUGAAGUUUCGGCAUGACCAGGUCAAAGAUGUCUUGGCUGAUAUAUGUUACAAAGCGGGUGUUGUAGUUAGGAAGGAGGUUCCCCUUGGUUUUCUUUCGGAUGGUCUCAGGCCUGCAGAUAUUAUCGUUUACAAUUGGGAGGAUGGCAAGGAUGUCUGUAUGGAUGUUACCGGUGUCUCGCCCUUCACAAGCGCGAUGACCAAUUUUAUCCCAGGGCUUGUUAUCUCGGCUACUAUCACUCGUAAAAACAACAAGUAUUUGGAAAAAUGCUCUUUGCAUGGUUAUGGGUUUCGUGUUUUGGCCUUUUUUCACUUUAGGUGAGCUCGGUGUGAAUAUAAUUUCUUUCCUUAAGAGGUUGAGAAAUUGCAUGGUUAGGCAUGACGCCAAUUUCAAGCUAGGCAAUUCUCUUUUUCAUAGGCUAGGGAUUGUUAUUCAAAAGGAUAUUGGCGCUCAGCUUGUUGCUAGGCUGCCCGCCAUUCCUUGUAAUUUUGAUCCUCUUUCUUUUUUGGAUUAAUUAUUUAAUUACAAAUCUAUGUCUUA